AAAGUGUAAAAAUUUUUAGCAAUAAGUACAUUGACGAGAUUUACAAGAUUUGAGUGUUUUUGUACUCUACUAAUCUACAUUUCCGGACAGAAGUUUCAAUUAUCAGCUGAUAACAAAUGUCAAAACUCAAAAUGCAGGAAGAAAAAGUGAAAGUAGGCAAUUAUAAUAUAAAUUAUGUUAAAGUGGGAAAUGGUCCACAUAAUGUAUUUUGUAUGCCGGGUGCACUGGGAACAAUAUGGUCUGAUUUCAAACUGCAACUGGAAGGACUGAAUAGAGAUAAAUUCACAAUAUUAGCAUGGGACCCUGUGGGCUAUGGGAAAAGUAGACCCCCAGAAAAAGAAUUUACUCCUGAUUUUUAUGAGAAAGAUGCAGACAUUGCGGCACAGCUUCUUAAGCAACUAAGAAUACCAAAAUUUUCAAUAUUAGGAUGGAGUGAUGGAGGAAUAAGUGGUAUGAUCCUAGCUGCCAAAUACCCCAGUGUUGUUAACAAGCUUGUGAUAUGGGGAAGCAAUUCAUUUAUGUUGCCACAUGAAGUUGAAGCAUUAAAAAAGAUUAGAGAUGUCAAAACAUGGUCAGAAAAGAUGCGUGAACCAAUGAUAAAAGCUUACGGGGAGGAGAAGUUUGCUCAGUACUGGGCAAGAUGGGUAGAUGGUAUGGUGGCAAUAGCACAAGCUCAAGAUGGCAAUAUAUGCAAUGAGAUUGUAAAAAACAUCAAGUGCCCCACAUUUAUACUGCACGGGGAAAAGGAUCCUCUGGUUGAUAAUGUCCAUGUAUCACAUCUACAUACACAUAUAGAAGGAUCCAGAAUCCAUUUAUACCCAGAAGGCAAACAUAAUAUACACAUACGUUACGCCGAUGAUUUUAAUAAAAAGGUUCAAGAUUUUUUACUAUUUCCUAACUGACUGUAAUGUUGAAUUUAUUGUAAUUUUAAGAGGUUGAGUGUAAACUUUUUUAUGUAUAUCAGCUUAUUGUCUUUCCUUCAAAUCUUUUGGACUGACUUUGAUUACAAUAACAAGGUCAAGCUUUAGUAGUUACCAUUAGUUUGCACUGCUGGGACAUUCACAUAAUGUCCUUUUGUUACUGUUUUUAUUGUUUUAUAUUUUAGGUUGUGCGGAAUAAGUUGAAUUCUGUAAUAAUACCGAUCAUUGUAAAAUCGAC